AUGUCUGCAACCUCACCUGCGCCAACACCAACACCAAGUUUACCACUGAGACUGGUCCACCCCAACAGCCGCUGCUCUGGCAGAGUGGAGAUCUUCUACUACGGCCAGUGGGGAACAGUGUGUGACGACAGCUGGGGACUGGCUCAUGCUCAGGUGGUUUGUCGACAGUUGGGCUGUGGCAGGGCUGUGGAGGCAACACAAAGGGCACGUUUUGGACAAGGCACUGGACCAAUCUUGUUGGACAAUGUUCAGUGUUCAGGUAAUGAGACAUUAAUAACACACUGUACACAUCAAGGCUUUGGAUCCCACAACUGUCAUCAUGGCGAGGAUGCUGGUGUCAUCUGUGAAGGUAAUGUUCCAGUGAGACUGGUCAACUCUAACAGCCGCUGCUCUGGCAGAGUGGAGAUCUUCCACAAUGGCCAGUGGGGGGCGGUGUGUGACGACAGCUGGGGACUGAAUGAAGCCCAGGUGGUUUGUCGACAGCUGGGCUGUGGCAGGGCUGUGGAGGCACCACAAAGGGCACGUUUUGGACAAGGCACUGGACCAAUCUGGUUGGACAGUGUUCAGUGUUCUGGAAAUGAGUCAUCAAUAACAGACUGUGAACUUCAAGUAUUUGGGUCCCACAACUGUUAUCAUAUAGAGGAUGCUAGUGUAAUUUGUGAAGACCAUCAACCUCUACUCCAGGCAGCUCAGCUUGUUUGCUCCCCUAAUCAGCUUGAAGUUGGUGUGCGACUGGACAGCCUGCUGUCAGCUGGUUUGAGCGCAUACUCUGGUCAGCUGGCAGCCCCUUACUGUACAGACUACAGAAUGCAUGGUAAUACUGUGUGGUACCAAGUGGCACGUCAGGCUGGCAUCUGCGGAACUGUACUUACGACCAACACCACCCAUGCCAUUUACUCCAACUCUUUGUUUUUAUACCCUCUGAGCAAUGAUACCUUGGGUUUACCUGAGAUUAUUCCAUUCACCUGUGCCUAUCCCUUGGAAACCAAAACCAGCCUAAACACUGAAAUCAGACCACACCUCCCUGGGUAUGGCCUCAUGGGGUCAGGUUCCAGACCCAUAGCCAACAUGGAUCUGUUCCGAGACUCCAACUUUUCGAACAGCUACCCAGGGGGCCAGGUCAUCCUGCCAGUGGGCUCUGCACUGCAUGUGCAAGUGUUUGUGCCUGAGAAUGAUCCAAGCUUUGCAGUUGUUUUGGAGGACUGCUAUAUCACUUACUCCUCAAACCUUGAUGAUCCCAUGCGAUACUAUCUCAUCCAUUAUGGGUGUCCUACUGACUCUCGUCGUGUGUCGAUGGUUGAGAAUGGCCUGUCCCUCUAUGCUCGUUUUUGUGCCCUGCUCUUCCCUAUCCGGGGUGGCAACCCAUAUGUCUUCUUACACUGCAGAGUACGCCUGUGUGAUAAGAGGAGCCAAAACUGUGUUCCACGCUGCAGAGGAAGGACAUAUCGCUCUGUUGACUACUCAGCUCAGCUCGAUCCCGUCACCGUUGGACCAAUCAUCUGGAAGAACUGACAUCUUAAUGGAACAAACUGUUAAACACUGCCAAGUGAUGCACACACAUUUUGAUGAUAUUUUUAUUUUAGAUGUUGCAUGAUUUAGACUUGAUCACUGAUAUAAUUUCUGUUACUACAUUAUGUAGGCUUUGAUCAAUGGUGGCUGUCUUUUAGCUCGUUAGCAGCAACACUUUUGCAUGUCUUGACCUGUAUUAUUCUAUAAUAAAAAUGGUACACCAAUUUAAGUAUGCAUUAACGAAAC